CAAAUAUCUGAAACCGCUGCUCGGAGCUAUUCAUCUUCUCCGUUCGAUUUGCAAACUUUCAUCUUUGGGAAGCAAACAAAAGGUGCAAUUUUGAUCGCAAAAGUUUCAAUAAUGGAGAUUAUCGACAAAUGGGUUGCUGAAUUUUUGAUCCGUUGUCAACACAAUCCUAGGGUUUCCCCUACUAACCUGCUCUCAGCGCUGAGAUUUGGAGAUUCCGGCGAUUGCUUAAAGCUCAAGGUAUCUUCUGUUUUGCUGGACUUAUCUGAUUCGUUGACCCGAGGUAGUGUCGACGAGGGAACGCUUGACCUACUCGAGAUUCUUGAGAAGCUUCUGUUGCAGCAGCGUUCGGUUAUUACGGAGUCUCACAAGUCUGCUUAUUGCUGGACGGCUGCUGAGUGCACGCUUAGGUUCAUGUGGCCGUUGGAUCCUUUGGAUGGUUUGUUCACCGACGCUCUUGAGAGGAUAUGGACGAAAAGGAUUGGGUUUUUGAAGGAGAAUGGGAGCGGUUUGGUGAGCGAUGAGUUGUUGAAAUGGGAGACUGAUCUGAAGAAGGCUGUUGAGGAUCCUGAGAUGUAUCAGCGGAUUCGAGAGAGUAACAUUAGGUACACUGCCAUCUCCUUUCUCAAUCAGCUUCUUAAAGAGCAGAGGGGGCUACUUGGGAGUUCCUCUCUUGAGUCAGUAGCUCAAAGGAGGUUUCGUAAGCGCAAGGCUGAGAACAAUGUAGAGGGUGAUGGUGUUCGCGGCAAUGAAGUUCCAAAUGCUGUUGAUGAAAGCACUAGGCGUUUGGCGAGUGACAACACUGAGCGUGGAACCUGUGAAGGAGAUAACGAGAAUAGGAACAAUAGAGAUGUUGACGGAGUGGGAUGUCCGGAGAAUGAUGGGAUUGAUAAGGUCAAUGAACAACUUGCAGCAGAGGAGGAAGGGACAAUGGGUUCACAAGAACAGGAACAUGAGUCAAGUCUUGAUAAGGGGGACAAAAUGGCUGCCCGGGAGCUGAAGGAUUAUUUGUUGGAGAUUCAACGACAAAUCGACCCUUCCACUAGGCAAGUGCAAGAACCUAACAAUGCAUUCGACCACUCCGUCAAUGUCACUCCUCAGCCUUCAAAGGUUAACAGGACUGGAACAAGCGGUCAAGACCAUAUUGAAACGCCGGAUAAUGCAAGUGAGAAAGGUUCGAGUAGUCAGGGAACAUGGUCUGGAAGAGUUCGGCCUCGUCUAUCUAGCCCCGUACCUUUGAAUGUAUCCCCGUUGAAGAAGACAAAUUCCCCUGUCAGAAGGCCAAAGAAGUUCUGGACGCCUGAAGAAGUGGAAGCUCUGAGGGCAGGAGUAAAAGAGUAUGGUAAAUCAUGGAAAGAUAUAAAGAAUGCAAACCCUGCAGUAUUCGCAGAGAGGACUGAGGUGGAUUUGAAGGACAAAUGGAGGAACUUAGUUCGGUAGAGGUAAAAAGUUUUGGUUGCGCUAUGGGUUUGACUUGCUAUAGAGUUUUGCCUGCGUGACAUAUCAACUGUGGAGAGGUUGGUCAAGAAAUGGUCUUUACACAUAUUGUGUAGUGAAUGAGCAGAAUAGAAUGAUAUGCUCGUGGGACAAUUCUAGCUGCAACCUUUGUUGUAGUCAUUGUCAAACUUAUACGGCUGUUCUUGUUUGGGAUAUGUUCCAUCCUUAUCUUCAUUUUACUACCAUCUUUGUCUCUCUAUCUCUACUUUUACACGUGUCAAGUAACCGUCAAACCACAACAAAACAGUAGUCAAAUAUGCAUAAACAUAUCCAUUUUGAUUUAUGAUUGCCAACAUUCUGACC